AUGGCUAAUAUUACUGACGAACAACUUGAAAAAGAAUUUAAACGAAUUGAUAAAAAUAAUGAUAAAUCAAUAACGAUUCAAGAAUUAAGACAGUAUUAUGUACCCAUGCAAGAAAUGCUUGGUAUAUCACAAGAAGCUGCUGAACAAGAAAUCCAAGGUAUUAUUAAACGUCUUGAUAUUAAUCAAGAUGGAAGAAUUAGUUUUGAAGAAUUCAAAAAAUUUAUGAAAGGAUGUUAA